ACUGACAAAAAAGAAAAAGAGAGAGACCAUUUGUCAUCCAGCUUCUCAGCCAGCUUUAAAGGAGGUCAUUUUUCUUCCAACCCCAAAGCUAGAUCACCAGCUCCCUCUCCAGUUUGGCAUGCGUCAAAGUCUCUGCCUUUUUUGCCUGGCACACCUAAGCAGAUAAAUUCCCCACCUGGUUCCUCCAAAGUUUCCUCUGCUCAGGCACGUCCUCCUUCUCCUGGCAACAUCCGGCCAGUCAAAAAAGAGGUCAAACCAGAGAGUGAGAAGAAAAGAUCAGAAAAAGAGGCUGAAAAGGCCAAUGACGAGAGGACAGAAGAGAGUAAAGGAGCUUCAGCAGGUACUGGAGAAUCUGCAAGUCGAGAAGAGCUUGCUGUCCAGGCAGAGCUCACUCAAGCAGCCAGCCCACCCUUACCUCCUGCUCUGCCAGCUCUUUCUCCACCCCCAGCCCCCACAAAGACCUCUGCAGGUACAACUGACCCUGAAGAAGCAACAAGGCUACUGACUGAGAAGAGGCGCCUUGCCCGUGAGCAGCGGGAACGGGAGGAGCAAGAGAGGAGGGAGAGAGAAGAGCUUGAAAGGCAAAAGAAGGAGGAGCUGUCACAGAGGAUAGCAGAAGAGAGAGCUCGCCGAGAAGAGGAAGAAGCUCGCAGACAGGAAGCAGAGAAAAAACGAAGGGAUGCAGAAGAGGAACGGGAAAAGGAAGAACGACUGCACCGACAGGCAGAGGAGAGAGAACAGAAGGAGAAAGAAGAGAUGGAGCGCAUUCAGAAACAAAAAGAAGAAGAAGCUCGCCAACGGGAAGAGGCAGAGCGGAUUCGAUUAGAACGUGAAAAGCAUUUCCAAAGAGAAGAGCAAGAGCGCUUGGAAAGGAAGAAGAGGCUUGAGGAGAUCAUGAAGAGAACUAGGCGUGUAGAAGCUAUAGAUAAGAAAAUCAGUGACCAGCAAAAUGGACAUAUAUCAAAGGCAAAUAUUACUGGAGAAACAGUCGUAACAAGUCCUGCAUCUCCCUUGGAACCUGCAGGAGGACCUCAGCUUCAGCAUGCAACGCCAUCUCCCUACAACGGGAAACCAGCCACCUGCACGCGUGUGAUUGUCUCACAUCAACCCCCUGUAAAUAUGGACAGCAAUCUCAAUCCAGAGAAAAAUCCAAAUGAAAAUGGAAUGUCUAUGCAGAAUGAUAACUUUGAAGAGAUCAUAAACCUGCCUAUCGGUUCUAAACCAUCCCGGCUGGAUGCCAUGAACAAUGAUGGAAGCAAUAGUCCUCAAAUUCCUUUGAAUCCAAUUCUAGCCUUUGAAGAUCAGGGGACUCUUUUGCCUCAGGUAGAUAGUGUUCAAACACAUCAAACAGCAGAAGUGAUCUGAUUGUUUCUUCUGAAGAACCAAAGGUGAUAGGAUCAUCUCUGCAGUCAGUGGAGUUUAUUCCAAGCUAUGAAGGAGCGUUUUAUUUUUUCUCUACAGUUUUUUAAAGAUUUCUUGAAUAUCUUUUUUGGAAGGACUUGUAGCAAAACCAGCAGAAGAAAUGAUGGGAAUAGACUUGGAUCACCUUUGUAAUAGCUUUCACCACUAGAAAAAAUCAUGCUUCACAUGCAUUACUUAAUAUGGCUUUUUCCAGCAAGCUUUUUCUGUUAGUACCUGGAUAUUUCUGCAUUCCUUAAGACACAGGACACUGGAAUCUGAAAGCAAUGGGCUGAUUUGGGUGGUGGGUCUGAUUCUUUUUUUAAAAAGGUGGGUGUUGGUUUAAAAGGCAUAAUUGUAAAAUUGGCAAAGAAUCUUUUACACUUUGUGGUUCUAAUACUUGAAAAAUAAAUACCUCGUUGCUCUACAAGUAGAGUUAAUGGGGUGUUCUAUUUAAACCUGUUGGUUUAACUAUUAUUGCUGAGAACUCUAAUUAUGGGGGCAAACUAUAGGCUUCUGUAUCAGGUUCUUGUAAAUGUAAUUCCUACAGGGACAUUCUGUAAAUUGAGAUGUCACUAUGAUCUUCUUGCAUUUUCUCUAAAAACACGAAACAAGGCAGGUUUUAAAAUGUGAAAAUUUGAAAGCGUUAUUUUUUCAUGGACAGGAGGAAAACCUAUUGUUCUCCUAGAUGAUGUAUUUAUGAAUUUUGUUCAGUAAAGAAAUAAAUCGUUUCAAUGAAUAAAUUAGAAAAAUGUGGCAAAAUGAUACUGCAACCUUCAUUUUUUUUUUUUUUAGUUACAUCUAUGUUCUCAAUACUAUAAAAGAUGUGUAUGCAUAGGCGCACACACAAGGAAAUACCUUGUUUCGAGUCCUGCAAAUUGCUGCUGUCCCCAAUGGCGGAAGACUUUUCCUUUGCCUUAUCAGACUACUGAAGCCUGUGGGAAACCUGAAAUGUUUGAUUUUUGGAUAAUGAAGCAGGUUUGUUUCGGGAUAUUUUUGGGUUUGCUCGUUUCAGAGCAAAUGGAAAAUGGUUAUUGUGCUUUUUGUCAUGUGAUUUUUAUGAAGUAGUGCAGUGAUAAGAGUGGUAAGAGCAGCAGUACAGCUUGCUCUCUCUUUAGUUUGAUGCCAAUUUCUACUCUUGUCAUUCCACCCCUUGCUUUUGGUUGCUAUUGGGCAGAACUGUAAAGUCUUGCGCCUUCUUGUGCUUUGAUGAACAACGCUGCUACAGAUAAUAGGUAGAGCUCAAUCUAGCUAUUUAAGUGUAAAGCACCAAUCAGGGCUGGACAUGCUGCUUGCUGAAGUCAGCAGGGAGAUCCUUGGCUAGAGGAAGUGGAGGUUUAUGGGGUCUCAGUUCAUGCUCCCAGAGAAUGUCUCAUUAAGAUUCCUGCACUUGCCUUUAGUGAGCACUGAGGUCAGCCUCUAGGAAGCUGUGCAGAAAGUCUGUGCUGGCAGAGGAAAUCCUCUGAGACAAAAGCUGAAGAAUUUCUUAAGAAGUUACUUUCUGCUGCUGGCAAGUGUUCUUUCGUACAGGAGAUGGGAUAAAAACAAUAGAAAUGCAAUGGAAGAGACCUCAUCUGUCAGAAUGUAUGUGGAAGGGAAAAAGCAGCCAUUUCAGUCAGAAUGCUUUCAAUAGUAGCUUGUGACACAGUAAAAAAAACUGGGUUCCUUUCUUGCUUUCUUUAGUUUUCCAUGUACAUAGCCACAAUAUUUUGAAGUGUCCAAAAUAUGUAGUUUUCUUUAAACUUAUAUAUAGCAUGUAAGUACCAAAUAAAACUUGUUUGAA